AUGUCUCGGUUAGAUAGAUUAGUGGUGUUAUUGGAGACGGGUUCUACGCCGUUUAUUCGAAAUACUGCAGCGGAUCAGCUAUCGGACUUAGCUAAAGGACACCCGGAAGAGACGAUCAAUUUGCUUGGAAGAGUUUACCCCUACCUAAAAUCGACUAAAUGGGAAACAAGAGUUACGGCAGCAAGAGCUUUUGGGGGUAUUGUUAAUCAUUCAGAACUCUGGGACCCAAACAGCUCUGAUACGAUUAAAAAGGAACAUGAAUUCGAAGAAAAGGAGGAAACAAUUGUUAAAAUCGAAGAGUUGGAUGAAGCCAGCCGCAUAAAGUUGGAGCAGGAUGAAGAAUUGAAAAAAAUCGAUGAUAAUUUAUCAAAUUUGGUUGAUUUCAAUUCGUGGAACCUCCACGAAAUAUUAAAGAGCAAUAUGAAAUUAUUAGCAUGUGGAACCGAUGAAUUCGAGCCUUCUAAUGGGACAGGGCCUCAUUUGGGAGAUGAUUGCUCGUUCAUUGGUAAGUUGAAGAAACAAAAAAGUAAUAUUACGCCUGUUGAAGAAGUCAAAGUGAAACCUGAGCCUGAAGUGAAGCCUGAACAUGUCGAAGCCGUAACAGUCUCAAAUGAUAACUCAGAUUCAAACUCACCCCGCCCAGAUGCUUCAAGAACUGCGUCUAAUGCGAGAUUGAAGGCUAUGCAAAAGAGAAGAGCAAAGGUAAACGCAAAAUCAAGUGCUGUGAGAGUAAAGCCUGUGGAUAUUUCUCAAAGUUCAAUCUCAAGAAAGUUAGUAGAAAAUGGUGAAGGUACUAACGAAAUCAAAGAAGACCCCGCACAAUACGACAUCACAUCCCAGCAGGGUGGUGAGAAAUUGGUAUUUGAAACAAAAGCUCCGGAGUUGUCUCCUUUGUUAUCUCAACAUGCUAAAGUGGCCGGAUUAGUAUGGCAAUUUCAGGGAGUCUAUGAAUUAUUGGUAGCCGAUUUAUUCAACGAAAAAUGGGAGAUAAGACACGGGUCUGCAUUGGGUUUACGUGAGUUAAUUAGGAAACAUGGGAAGGGUGCUGGUAGAGUCAUGAAUAAAUCAAGGGAAGAGAAUGAUCGCAACAAUUCUGCUACCUUGGAAGAUUUGGCCGUAAGAUUAUGUACAUUAUUUGCUCUUGAUAGAUUUGGUGAUUAUGUUUCUGAUACAGUCGUAGCACCGGUCAGAGAAUCGAGUGCGCAAACCUUAGCAGCAUUAUUAAUUCAUUUAGAUGAUCAUGUUGUACUUCGAACUUUUGAUAGUUUAAACAAAUUAGUGCUACAAGAACAUACCAAUGAUUUAGGAGUACCUAAAUGUUGGGAAGCUAAGCAUGGAGGGAUGUUAGGUUUGAGAUACUUUGUUAGUGUUAGAACUGAUGUCUUGUUGUCGAGACCCGAAUCCUUGGAUACAGUAGUAAAUAUGGUAUUGCAUGGGUUAAAAGAAAGUGAUGACGAUGUUCAGUCAGUUGCAGCCUUGACAUUAACACCAAUUGCAUCAGAAUUUGUUAAAACGAAACAGGAACUAAUUCAUACUUUAUUAAGUGUUAUAUGGGACUGUUUGACGAACUUGAGAGACGAUUUGUCUGCAUCAAUUGGAUCUGUGAUGGAUUUAUUGGCGAAGUUAUGUACUCACAAAGAAGUUAUCGCAAUCAUGCAAAAGGAUGCUAUAGAAAGCAAUGCAAACUCAUUCGAAUAUUUGGUUCCAAGAUUGUUUCCUUUCUUCAGACAUUCGAUCACAAAUGUCAGAAAAGCAGUAUUAAGAACGAUUCUUGAGUUUUUAUCGAUUGACAGCAAUGUGACUAAAAAAUGGAUUAAUUCGAAGGCCUUGAGGCUAAUUUUCCAGAAUUUAUUAGUCGAGCAAAACAGGAGUGUUUUGGAGCUUUCUGUAUUAGUUUAUAACAAAUUGCUAAAGGAAAUUCAUCAAAACGAUGAAUUAGAAUCCAUGGAGACUAUAUUUGGUGCUCAUUUUCAACCAUUGCUCACAUUGCUCAUGACCCCAAUUGGAAUUGCAAGACACAACUAUCAUAUGAAUACAAAUUUGAUAAUGAGACCUUCUGGACAUAUUCUUGGCUCGAUUGAGGAUGGCUCAGCAGUAUCAACUCCUAUUGAAGAUGAUGCAAGCCUUGAUCCAUUAGAACCUAAUGGCAUCGAAAAGCGUGGUAGAAAGAGAAAAUCACCUAACGAACCAAAGGUAAAAUCUGACUUUCCAUUCCUAGAUGAUUUGAAAGUUAACAUAGAUGCUCCGAUAUUCAAAGGUGAUGUUAUGUUAGUUGGCAUUGAUACUUUCAUAAGAACUAGAAGUGAGGCUGCAACUGCGUAUGGUAAUUCUUUAUCAUAUAUUACUAAUGAGGAAACAUUACAAAAUAUUUUCCAAUUAUUGUUGCAUUAUUUAAACUCGCCACAUGCUACUCCGCGCUUAUUUAGUGCUCUAGUUAUACAAGAGUAUGCAAAUUCUUUGAAGUCUAGGGACAAACCACCCUCAGAAACAGCCAUAGCAUUAUUCCAAGAUCCACUCAUGAAUGUAUUGUCCAAUCCUGAUAACUCCACAUUACCAUACUAUCGUGAAUUGGUUCCUACGUUAAAGUCUGUGAGAACAUCCUGCUUACAAAUGUUUGAUGCAUUUAUUACAAGUGCUAAAGUGUCACCAACAAAGAUCCCACAAUUGCCAGUAGUAGUUCAAGGUGAGAAUGAGGCUGGUCCUGGAGCUUUUGGGCUUGAAUUUGCUGAAAAGAUUGUUAAUGAAACUUUCCAGAAAUUAAUGAAGCAUUUAUCUCCAACAUACAGAAUGAGUGCCAAUCAAACCCUUGAAGAUGCUAAGCACCGCAUCACUGUUGCUAUAGAUGAAGCCAAUAUUGCACGUACUCAUAGAACGACAGGAAUACUCUCUGUUUAUGCUGCAGCUGUACUUGCGUUGAAUGGUAUUCCAAAGAAGUUAAAUCCAAUCAUCAGGUCACUUAUGGAUAGCGUUAAACAAGAAGAGUCUGAAAUCUUGCAACAAAGAUCUGCAAUUGCCGUAGCACAUCUAAUCAAGGAGUUGAAUACAGCUGGUAAAAAGGGAGCUGCUGACAAAAUUGUUAAAAAUUUAUGUGCCUUUCUAUGUGUGGAUACUUCUGAAGUUCCUGAGUUUUAUCACAAUAUUAAGUUUAAGGAUAAUAUUUUGUCUUUAAGGAAAGAAGAAGCUAAAACCGAUCCUGCUGAUAUUGCAGCUCAUGAACGUGCCAUACAUGAAGCUAGAAUAAAGCGUAAUGGAGCUCUUAUGACAUUAGAAGCAUUACUUAAGAUUUAUAAAUCGAAAUUAUUUGAAGAAGUAUCAAAAUUAAAAGAACUAAUGCUCGAGCCUUUGAAUUUAUUGAAGAUUUCUUCAACAAAUGAAGUAAUAGAAGAUGAAUUAAAGGGACAAAGUAUUAUUGAUGCUUUAGGGGUAUUGCGUGCGUUACUUCCUAAAUUAGAUAGCUCGUUAUAUCCAGACAUUAUUGAUAGGUUGCCGUUGUUAAUACCAGGUUUAAGCUCUGAUUUUUCAGUUUUCCGUUAUUCGACAGCUAAGUGUUUUGCAACCAUAUCUUCAAUUUGUCCGACAAAGGCGUUUACGUUUUUAGUUAAGUCAAUUUUACCCAUGUUAAAUAAUGCUGGGGAAGUUAAAGAAAGGCAAGGGGCAAUUGAAAGUAUUUAUCAUCUCUCAAGCACUAUGGGGUCUGAUAUAUUGCCGUAUAUCGUGUUCUUGAUCGUGCCAGUAUUAGGAAGAAUGAGUGAUUCUGAUCAAGAUGUUCGUAUCUUAGCUACUACCACUUUUGCUUCCAUUAUUAAAUUGGUUCCUUUAGAAGCUGGUAUCCCUGACCCUGCUGAUAUGCCUCAAGAAUUAUUAGAAGGUAGGGAUAGAGAAAGAGACUUUAUUCAACAAAUGAUGGACCCUACUAAGGUCAAACCAUUCGAUUUGCCCGUGAGUAUUAAAGCAACAUUGAGGAAGUAUCAACAAGAAGGUGUAAAUUGGUUAGCAUUUUUGAACAAAUAUCAUUUGCACGGAAUUUUGUGUGAUGAUAUGGGUCUUGGUAAAACUUUGCAAACGAUUUGUAUAGUUGCUUCAGAUCAUUACAUGAGAGCAGAAAGUUUUAAGAAAACUCAAUCUGUUGAGUUCAGACGUCUUCCUUCCAUUAUUAUUUGUCCUCCUUCAUUGACAGGACACUGGGAGCAAGAGUAUAACCAAUACGCUCCAUUUUUGAAAGUAAUCGUAUAUGCUGGAGCACCGUCAGUUAGAACAUCUAUAAGAUCACAAAUACCUGAUGCGGAUAUUGUUGUUACCUCCUACGAUGUUUGUCGUAAUGAUGUUGAGUUUUUGGCUAACCAUGAGUUCAAUUAUUGUGUCUUAGAUGAGGGUCAUAUUAUUAAGAAUGCGGCUUCUAAGUUAACUAGGUCUGUUAAAAGAAUUAGAGGUGAACACAGACUUAUACUUUCUGGUACACCAAUUCAAAACAAUGUAUUAGAAUUAUGGUCAUUAUUCGAUUUCUUGAUGCCUGGAUUUUUAGGAACUGAAAAAGUAUUUCAUGAAAAAUUUGCUAAGCCGAUUGCAACUAGUAGAAGCAGUAAAACAUCUUCCAAGGAACAAGAAGCCGGUGCUUUGGCAUUGGAGUCAUUACACAAGCAGGUAUUGCCUUUCAUGUUACGUCGUCUUAAGGAGGAUGUGCUUUCUGAUUUGCCACCAAAAAUUAUUCAAGAUUACUAUUGUGAAUUGAGUGAUUUACAAAAGCAACUAUAUAAAGAUUUUGCUAAAAAGCAAAAGUCUACCGUUGUAGAUGAAGUUAAGAAUGAAGGUGAGGAAGCAAAAGAAGGUAAAACCCAUGUUUUCCAAGCUUUGCAAUACAUGAGAAAGUUGUGUAAUCAUCCUGCUUUAGUUCUUUCCCCAGAUCACCCUAAAUUUGCUGAAGUCAGCACAUACUUACAGUCCCAUAAAUCUGACAUCAGAAGCAUUGAGCAUUCACCAAAAUUGAUGUCUUUGAAAAAUUUAUUGUUGGAAUGUGGUAUUGGUGCUAACGACAGUGAUUAUUUGUCUGCAAAUUAUAAGCAAAAGCAAAAACAACAACAAAUGAUCUCAUCUGAAGGUGUUAUCUCAGAGCAUAGAGCGUUAAUUUUCUGUCAGUUGAAGGACAUGUUGGAUAUAGUUGAGAAUGAACUUUUAAAGAAAUAUUUGCCUUCAGUUACCUACACUAGACUUGAUGGUAGUACGGAUCCAAGAGAUAGGCAGUCAAUCGUUCGAAAAUUCAACGAAGAUCCAUCUAUUGACGUUUUACUUUUGACGACUAAAGUUGGUGGUUUAGGACUUAAUUUAACAGGUGCAGAUACUGUGAUUUUCGUUGAACAUGAUUGGAACCCAAUGAAUGAUUUACAAGCCAUGGAUAGAGCCCACAGACUAGGCCAAAAGAAGGUUGUUAACGUGUACAGAUUGAUUACCAAGAAUACGUUAGAAGAAAAGAUUAUGGGUUUGCAAAAAUUCAAAAUGAAUAUUGCUUCUACAAUCGUUAACCAACAAAAUUCUGGUUUGGCAUCGAUGGAUACUAAUCAAUUAUUAGAUCUAUUUGACGUUGACGAAAAUGCUGCAAAAUUGGUAGAAAAUGGUGAAAACAACGCAGAAAAGAAGGAAGGUAAUGUUCCAGAGGAUGUUGCUGGUGGUCUUACUGGUAAAGCAGCAGGAGCUGUCGGAGAAUUAGCUGACUUAUGGGACGAAUCUCAAUAUGAAGAUGAAUAUAAUCUUGACAACUUUAUUAAAACACUUAAAUAA